AUGUUUUCAAGAAUCUUCAAAGUGUUUAACUCAAACAUAAAUAAAAUGGAACCAUUACAUUAUCUUGACAUUCCAUCAGAAAAAGCAACAUUUUCUAUGGGCUGUUUUUGGGCUCCUGACAGUCUUUUUGGAUCUACUCCUGGAAUUAUUACUACAAGAGUUGGUUAUGCAGGUGGAACUGAAGGUUUAAUUCCCACAUAUAGAAACAUUGGUGACUAUACAGAAGCCAUUCAAUUACAAUACGACCCAAAUACCGUCUCUUAUUUAGAGUUAUUGAAAAUGUUUUGGGACCACCAUGAUCCAACUGCAAAGUUUAAAAAGCAAUACUCUUCGUUCAUAUAUUAUCAUAAUGAUCAACAAAAAGCAGAAGCCGAGCUAACUCUUAAUGAGAAGAAAGCCAAGGGUCUUGAUGUCCUGACUAAAAUAGAACCAGCUGGUCAAUUCUUCAAUGCUGAAGAUUACCAUCAAAAAUACCGAUUGCAACAACACAAAAACCUGUGCAACGACCUUGGUCUUAAGACUGGAGAUGAUCUGAUUAAUUCUCAUGUAGCUGCUAGACUAAAUGGUUAUGUUGUUGGUCAAGGAGGAAUUGAUCAAUUUGAUUCUGAAGUUUCAAAGUUAAGAUUAGAUGAAGCAGCCAUUUCAUACAUAAGGCAAUUAGUGAUUAAAUAUGAAGGUCAAGGAUUACAUUGCUGA